AUGGCCAUUUUCGAUUCAGAGAAGCGCCCGCGGGGUCUGCGCGUUCCGUCGCUCACAGCGAUGAAGUCCAGCGCAGCGACCAAGUCGCAAUUCUCCUUCCACAGCAAGAAAUCCACCGAGUCCGUUCCUGCCGACGAUUCAACGCCCAAGUCAGCCCAGCCUAUUCCUCCACCAGCCAAGCUGGCGCCUCCGCCGGACAAGGAAUUGCCCUCUCCCCCGAAGGAAGUGCUGCAAGCCCCGAAAGUCAAUCCAUACUUCCCUCCAAUCCCCUCACCCCGCGAUGGUGUCCCAGAACGGCGCCCAAUUGAGCGAGUCCCAGUGCCUGCCCCCACUUCAGCUCCAAGCCCAGUCAGCCCAAGCCAACCUCGUACAACGGGCAUGCGCUCGCAGCAGCCAAAGCCCCAGCCACAGCUUCAACCAGAUCCGAACACCUUCCAACAAGCACCAGCACCGGCACCAGUCCCGGCACCAGAACUUAUACAAGCACAAGCACCACCAGUCACACUCUCGCCUCCGGAAUCCCUCCCAGCACAAGAAGAAGCCACCUCCCCAGCUCUGGAAGACUUCAUCCCAACUCCAGACAGCACAGAACCCCCGCUAGACGUGCCAGCCAUGCCACAACGCGAUCUGGCUCCAUCGCCAUUCGUCCCACCGGAGGUUGAGCCCUUGGCGCCGAAGCUGAAUAUGGUGCAUUUCCAAUGCUUCCAGGAGCAUCGCAACAUGCCAGUCGCGCAGAACGUGUGGUGUCCCUUGCCAUGCUUUGCGUGCCAAAAGUUCGACAUUGAGAUCCGACACCGCUGUGUGUUUUGUUGUCUGCGCGUUUGUGAGGGGUGCUAUCAGACGCUGCAGAAGUGCAAGAAUCGGUCUUUGGAGGUGUUGCUUGAGCGUGUUGCUUGA